UCAAGUCUGGGAGCGGACUGUUCCUACUGCGGCUGGGCACCGGCUGGGCUCCCGUAUCGGCCCGAGCUCCAGCUGCGCCCGGCCUGACACCGGCCCGGCUCGGCCUGGCCCCAGCCUGCGAGCAAAGGCGCCGCUGCUGCUGGGCCACUCCCAGGGCCAUGAGGAGGCGGCGGCAGCUACUGCGGCCCGCGUCAAGGUGACCGGCCGGGACUGCGGCGGCAGCAGCCAGAGAGGUGGACUUCUCCAGGCAGGUUAUGUCACCAGCAGAGGCUGCCCUGAAGCUCCCUGUGGCCUGGAGACUAUGUACAAGAGGAAUGGUCUGAUGGCUAGCAUGUUGGUCACCUCUGCCACUCCACAGGGCAGCAGCAGCUCAGACUCUCUGGAGGGCCAGAGCUGCGACUAUGCCAGCAAGAGUUAUGAUGCUGUCGUCUUCGAUGUCUUGAAAGUGACUCCCGAGGAGUUUGCCAGCCAGAUCACACUAAUGGAUAUUCCUGUGUUUAAAGCCAUCCAACCGGAGGAACUAGCCAGCUGUGGAUGGAGUAAGAAGGAGAAACACAGUCUUGCCCCCAAUGUCGUGGCCUUUACCCGGAGAUUUAACCAGGUCAGUUUUUGGGUUGUACGAGAAAUUCUAACAGCACAGACUUUAAAAAUAAGGGCAGAAAUCCUGAGCCAUUUUGUGAAAAUAGCCAAGAAACUUCUAGAACUCAACAACCUUCAUUCUCUCAUGUCUGUGGUGUCAGCAUUACAAAGUGCUCCCAUCUUCAGACUGACAAAGACCUGGGCUCUUUUGAAUCGAAAGGACAAGACCACCUUUGAGAAACUGGACUACCUGAUGUCCAAAGAAGAUAAUUAUAAACGAACUCGGGAAUAUAUCCGAAGCCUAAAGAUGGUACCCAGUAUUCCCUAUCUAGGGAUCUACCUUCUGGAUUUAAUCUACAUUGAUUCUGCAUAUCCUGCCUCAGGCAGUAUUAUGGAAAACGAACAAAGGUCCAAUCAGAUGAACAAUAUUCUCCGAAUAAUUGCUGAUUUACAAGUUUCCUGCAGCUACGAUCACCUCACCACCCUGCCCCAUGUGCAGAAGUACUUGAAGUCUGUACGCUACAUUGAGGAGCUCCAGAAGUUUGUGGAAGACGACAACUACAAACUGUCGCUCAGAAUAGAACCGGGAAGCAGCUCUCCAAGACUAGUCUCUUCCAAGGAAGAUCUUGCAGGCCCCUCCGCAGGCUCCAGCUCAGCACGCUUCCGCCGGAGACCCACCUGCCCUGAUGCAUCCGUGGCUGGCAGCCUCCCCACGCCACCGGUCCCCCGACACAGGAAGAGUCACAGCCUAGGCAACAAUAUGAUGUGUCAGUUGAGUGUAGUUGAGAGUAAAAGUGCGACAUUCCCAUCGGAGAAGGCCAGGCACCUUCUGGACGACAGUGUCCUAGAGUCCCGCAGUCCCCGCAGGGGCCUCGCCCUCACCUCCUCUACCGUCACCAAUGGACUCUCCCUAGGCAGUAGUGAGAGCUCAGAGUUUAGUGAAGAGAUGUCUUCAGGGCUGGAAAGCAGGGGACGUCUCUAUGCCACCCUAGGGCCCAACUGGCGGGUUCCAGUUCGGAAUUCUCCCAGAACCCGGAGCUGUGCUUACAGCCCCACCAGUCCAUGCACCUGUACCCUGGGAGGCUCCACAGCCGUGCCCACUAUGGAGGGGCCUCUGAGAAGGAAAACCCUGCUCAAGGAAGGACGGAAGCCCGCACUGUCCUCCUGGACCAGGUACUGGGUCAUACUCUCAGGAUCCACCCUUCUGUAUUACGGAGCCAAGUCCUUGCGGGGCACGGACAGAAAACAUUAUAAAUCCACACCCGGCAAAAAGGUCUCCAUCGUGGGCUGGAUGGUGCAGCUGCCUGACGACCCUGAGCACCCGGAUAUCUUCCAGCUAAACAACCCUGAAAAAGGCAACGUUUACAAGUUCCAGACUGGUUCCCGGUUCCACGCAAUACUGUGGCACAAGCAUUUGGAUGAUGCAUGUAAAAGCAACAGGCCUCAGGUACCUGCAAACCUUAUGUCAUUUGAAUAAGUCUCUGCAGGACUUGACGUGACUAAAGAGGCUUCUGGGAGCCCAGGCUGGGCCUGGUGGAGAAGAGCAGCCCUGGGCACAGACUGUGAGCCAGGAUCUGGGAGCCAUGCAGCCAGGCUCAGGGGCCAUGGCCUUCAGCCUCACAGUCCCAGAGGGCUCCCCAGUACCGGAUCCACCUGUCAGUUUCCAGUGACUCUCGUGGCUCAUUCUGCAGCACCAUCUCGCAGGGCAGUGGUCAGACCCCAAACUGCACACCUGCCCUUCUCUGGGCCUCAUCUGUCCACCAGCUACUCCUGCGACUAGAGAGCAUUUGGCCCACGUUGGGUUCUCCGUCCUUCCUGCUGCACACGGUGGACAGCAUUUACCUGCAAGUGGGGCCAGACAGCAGGGACAGGCCAUGGAACAGGCCUGUUAUACCCCAAGUGCGUGGGGUUGCUUGCCCACCGGACUGCCUCAGAUUUUGUACAACCCCCCGAAGCAUCCUGUGUGUGUGCGCUGUACAUGUGUGCGUGUGAGCGAGUGUGAAAUCUCCGAGAAACAUGCAUUUUGGCACAAGACUUGUGACAUCACGCACUUCAUUUGCUUUGAGGCCCUGCUUGAACCUUCAGUGAUAGCCUUGUCCACCAGGAAAGGUCAGAGUGGGAGCCCAGAUGCCCCUGUGUUAAGGGUCCAUUGUGUUCUUUUACUGUAAACAAACAAUGCCUUAAAUUGUGUCUUGUUUUCUGUUCCUAUGGGUGCUAUUCAUCUGGAAGGCCUGCUCCCUGGGCCCUGGGGCCCUUCCAGGCCUUGUUGCUGUCAGCCCUGCUGACAGACUGGGCCGCUGGCCUGCUUGCUUCCUCCAUGCCCUCUCCUGGCUGGGGCGCUUCCCAUGGCCCCUGCUCCCACCAUGCCCAUGUGGGAAGUUGGGGAAUUUUUUCUCAGCAUCCUCAGAGCAGUUUGGAAGCUACUGUGCUCACAGUGAUCAGCCCCACAGAAGUCACUUUAUGCCCACAUUGCUGUGCAGGGCAGGCUUCUGCUUCCCUCAGUCAUCUCUACCACCAGGGUGGGCCCGCCGGGGUUCCUGGCUACACUGGGAGCUGAGUGACACCAAGGUCUUGCGUGCCCACAGUCUUGCCUCCAAAUGCAGUCACCAGCAACUUCUCCAAGUGCAAGGGCAUAACUGUUGAUGGCCAAGUGACAGGAAAGCCAAGCCCUGGGGUGUGAACAUCUGACCUCUGCAUUUGUGUAGGAGCUCUUCCCAUAAACAAGGACCUUUGUCACCCUUUUGUCAUAUUUUAAAGGGACUUUGCACAAAUACAUUUUUAUUCAAAAUGAAUUUGCUCUUUAUCAUCACAGCUGUCUGUCCCACUUUCCUCCCCACCCCAUUUUAUUUGGACAUUUUAAUCCUGAGAUGGAAACCCUUAAACCACUGUAUCCAAGAGACUGAAUUCCUGGGUCUUUGUCUCUUUCUUGGUUUCAGAACUCAGAAUAACCAAGCAUCAGAUUACCCAGAAGAGUUUUUAGGUAAGAAGCUUCAAAACACCAUAAUUAAUAAACUAAGAGAUCAAUUGAAAAACUACCAAAAGACCCAUCACUGUAUUUUGAUCAAAUGUUAAAAGAUUCUCUGAAAUUGAAAUUAAUUGGUGACAAAAAUAAUUGUCAUCAGGGUGGUGCUUUGUGGUUGAGCCUCACAGUGCUCAGAAGCUAACCCUCUUUUGGAGCAAAGACUGGACACUGAUGCCAAGAGAAGCUCCAGGAGGGAAAGUUAAUGCUGUCAAACCUUGACCACAGCUGCCUUGUGCGCCCACCUGUACCAGGGGUCCACAGAUGUGCACUUGAUUCUACCAACGACUUCAAGCUGACGUCUGAGGCUGAGUGACAAUGCCAGGAGCGACAGACACCUCUCUCCAGAACUGUGCAGGGUUGUGCCAUAGGCGAUAUUAAGCCUGACCUUCCCUGUUAACUUCUCGAAGGUCUUACAGUUGGAUGAAAGUACAAGCCUGGAAUAUCAGCUACUUACUUUCCUUGGGCCUUUCUACUCUUCUAACCCUAUCCUGGUUUUCCACACAUGAAAUAUUAUAGAUACCCAUCCCCAAGCCCCAGGAUUUCAGGCUCCACUAAAGCAGAUAGUCUACCAUUUCCUCAUUUUUCUUACCCUUCACAAACAUUUUCUUCUGAAUCCAGUUUGAAAGAGCACAGUCACAAUUCUUUUCAGAGUGUUCAGUUUUUCACUAAUGGAGACUAAUCCCACAUCCCCUUCCAGAGACAUUCUUACCUUGGACUCUUGAAGAAUCUGAACUUUGUUGGAAAAAGCCUUGUAAAACUGUCAGAGCCCUGAACACCUCAGACGAGUCCUGGAGAUGAAGCUGACAGAUUACUGACU